UCUUCUCACGAACGACCAAAGCCCUCGAAUCUUCUUCUUCCUUCAUGCAGCGGCGAAUUUCCUCCAGAGCCGUUCUUUCAUUUUCCUCUCAAGAAAACCUAAAGCCUCUUUCUCCCACCUCAUUCUCUCUGGUCGCUGGAAUUUCUCUGCCUGCCAUUUUUUUUGUUUCCCAAAAAUCGAGUCUCCCCCUGGUUCGUGCAACAUUUGAAGAAUAUCGAAACUAGAAACACUAAAAGGGAAAAAAAGAAAACAGCAAUUAAUCGCGCCUUCGAUUUUCAUUGCAAUCAAAUAUUUCGAUUCUUCAAGCAGGUUUCUGGAUUCUGAAGUGAUCUAUAUUUUCCCUGAGAUCCUGCAUAUUUGUCUGCCAAUAUUUGGAGAUGGCUGCCAAGAUUCUUGCCAACUUGAUCGUGAUGGGUUCUGGAAUACUCGCAAGGGCUAUGGUUCAGGCUUACCGUCAGGCACUUGCAAAUGCAUCAAAAUCUGGUGUUGCUCAAGAAACAGUGCAGAAUAUCAGGAGAGUAAAUAAAAUAAUGGCUGAACCAGAAGCAAGGCAGAUACUUGGUGUAACUGAGCAUUCAUCAUGGGAGGAGAUUCUACAGAAAUAUGACAACUUGUUCGAACAGAAUGCAAAGAAUGGGAGCUUUUACCUCCAAUCAAAGGUUCAUCGAGCUAAAGAAUGCUUGGAAGAAGUUUAUCAAAAGAAAGGUCAGGGGACUACAGAUGCAUAACUGGGGGAGGUGAUUGUGGUUACUCUUCACACUUGAAUUGUAACCUCGAAUAUACAAUUCUGAUUUUUAGAAAAUGAGGCAAAACUAAGUUUUAUUACGUGGGAGUUGUAUAUGGAAUGUGGUAGAGUCAAGUGGAGUAUUAAAUCUCUACAGCUGAAGAUCCCAUUGGGGGCUUGGGUUGGGUGUACACCUAGGAGGCCGGUAUAUAGAUAUAAACAUGCUGAUAUUUGUUAUGGUUAGGAAAAAUAAGCACCUGACGAUCUUCAUAACUAAGCCUAUUUUGCAUCAUUCACUGGCUAAUUGGUAGUUGUAAGAUAUUGAAUCUUUUUUGCAAUUUUUUCCACUUUCUGAUGUCAUGAGGCAAGUUCUUUCCUUAGGCGAUGGUAUUGUUGGAUACAAAAAAUUGUACCUUUUAUGUGGGCAUACUGCCGUUAUCAUUAUAAGGUCACAAUAAACGUGACAUUUUCUCUCGUAGUGUGAUCUGUUGCAAGAAUAAAUAUCUUCUUAUUGUAGUGA